AUGAAUAGCAAAACACAUAAGUCUGGAAAAGUUGUCAUUAUAGGAGAUGGGGCAUGCGGGAAAACAUGCCUACUUGAGGUGUUUAGAAGGAACCAGUUCCCAGAAACAUACAUCCCGACUGUCGUUGAUAAUUUUGUUAAGGAAGUAAAGAUUGAUGAUGACAAAUAUGUUUCUUUAGCUUUGUGGGAUACGGCUGGGCAAGAGGACUAUGACACAAUCAGGCCUCUUUCCUACAAAGAGACAGACCUUGUACUACUAUGCUAUACCAUAGAAAAUAAGAAGAAGAUUCCGAAUAUCUCAAGAAAGUGGCUGAUGGAGAUAAAAAACUACUGCCCUUCAUCGCAGUUUUUCCUCAUUGGGUUAAAGAAGGAUGUAAGGGACAUGGAAGAUCCAACCGUUGAUAAGUCUUCAAUGGUUUCUGAGAGUGAAGGAAGGAAGAUUGCAGACAACAUCAACGCGGCCAAGUUUUUCGAAUGUUCCUCACGUACCAGAGAAAACGUGAACCUUGUAUUCUUAGAAGCUGCAAAGCACAUAUGGAAUACAAAGGGAGCGGCUUCUGAGUCUGGGCCAUGUAGCUUCUUUUCGUGCAUGAGCUGCUGCCAUUAUAGAUAA